CCAGCCUCACGCAACCGGAAAAGCCAUUGUGUUGACCCUUUUGUUUGCUAACCCAACGACUGCGUGGAGCUCUUUUUCUCCCCCCUACGUAAGUCUCGGCGGCAGCAAAGUGAAACAUGUCCACAGACAUGCCGCCGGGCAGUCAGAAUCUGGAGUCUCAGCUUUUGUCCAUAAUGGACGUGCUGGUGAAGGCGGCGGUGGUGGAGAUCAGUCAGCUGUUCUCUGAGGGCUCGUCGUCUCUCCGCCUGCAUCUAACGCAGAGCGUGAGGGAGAACGAAGCUUUGAGGAUGCGGAUGAAGGUGAUGAGGAGCGAGCUCUUCUCCCUCCGGCUGCAGACCAGGAACAACCGGCCGGUGAGCCGCUUCUCCCCGAUCAGAGGGAAUAUCCCCAAACCACGGGCUAAAACACACGUUGUCAUUAAGCCACCAUUGGCUCCAAAGCCUGUUGUGGAAGCUGCUUCUAUCUCUCUACAAUUGGAGAAAAAGAUUUCCUCCUCUGAAACUCAAGUGGAGUGUGCAGAUGUGGAGAGCCCAGAUAUCAUCCUGAUCAAAGAUGAAGACGACGUGGGAGGAUGUGGACUAGUUGGAGGUCAGGACGACUUCGGAAACCACAGCACGCAGGCUGGCGUUUCUACAGGGACUCCGAAUGAGUCCUGCCUGACGGGUGAUAAUGAGGAGCUGAGAAUCGUGAGUGUUCACGGACGAGGGGAAGGGCCUCUGCAGGAGGAGAGCGACUCCCUCUUUACUGCCUCUGAACUCCAGGCUUUUACCUCUCUGUCUCCGGACCACAACGUCAGCCACGACAGCCUCCUGAAUUUCACAACUGGUGCCGACGACAGAGCCCCAACGAGAGGGAUGCCGGAUAACAGAAACAGCCAACUGGAGCGGAAUCAUUCCACCCAAAUGGCUUCAACGAAAACACAGAUAGUAGGAGCUGACGGUCAAGUGGGGCACCCCAGUCAUGUCAGCCAGUUCGCCCAGCAGCAGAACAUCUUCCCUCACGGCGUCAGCAAAUCCCUGGACUGCAGCUUCUGUGGCGAGCGCUUCUUAAGCCGCGAAGACCUGAUCGUGCACCGGGCGAGUCACACCGGGGAGUCGCCCGUUCUUUGCACCUUUUGCGGCAAGUCGUUCGUCAACAAGACCACGCUGAGCAUCCACAUGCGCAUUCACACCGGGGAGAAGCCGUACGCUUGUGCGCAGUGCGGGAAACGCUUCACGCAGAACGGCAGCCUGAAGAUCCACCUGCGGACUCACUCCGGAGAGAAGCCGUACACCUGCAAUCAGUGCAUCGCCAGCUUCAACAACCCCAGCAAUCUGCGCAGGCACAUGAUCACACACAAUACAAACGGGGUGCUCUGACCAUGAAAGUAUGCAAAGAUAUAAACAAAUUAACAUGGAAUUUAACAUUUUUCAGCAUGUUACUUUUACUGACACUUUGUGUGCCAAACAGUGUGUAUUUGGGUGCUAUGUGUUUCAUGUGUGUUUGUGUAGUUAUCAAGAACCUGCCGUGGGUCAAAUGUGCUUGACAAGUACAUUUGACCCAAUAUCAAUGGAGUGUUGCAUUUCAACAUAAGGACACAAACAAGCCUGAUAUCUGUUCAAUAAGAACAGAUUUUUUAAUUCAAGGAAAACAACCUGCUGAACUAAAAUGCCUUCAUCCUUCCUUUUUUAAACUGUCUUUAAAAGCAGAAAAACGAAUGCCUUAUUCAUCAUUCAAGGAACAUAUACAGCAUCUUAAUUUAAUUUGAAUUAAAUACAUACUCAAAAACAUGACCAGCUCUGCAUGUGAUACAACUGUAGCUCAAUGCUAGAUAAGUAAACAUGCAUUGUGUGAAUUACAGUCAUUAUUAGAAACAUUCACAGUUGCUAUCCUGAGUUAUCUGACAACACAUGAGAAUCUUUCCCAUGGUUGCAGGAGGAAACCAUGUGCACAACCAUGUGAACGCUAAGCGUGCAACACAUGCAGAUUUGAACACUUAAAUUGAUAGAAUUAUCAACAAUGACACUGAAAUACAAAAAAACGGACAGUUAUUGAUAGGUGUUAUGGAUAAAAUCUAAAGUGUGUUUUCACAAUUUUGAUAUAUAUUGUGAUUUAUACCCUUCAUUGAUGUGCCCACAUUGGCCUAAUGCAGAUAUUAAAGGGAUAUCAUUUUAUAACCUGUCUGGCAAAAUCAGUUGUGAUAUGGUUAAUACAUUUCUACUGAUUGCCAACCUUUGGUAUAAUUUGGUACAAAUGUUACAAGAAUGCUAAUGUUGAGUGUUUUAAACUGUUUUGAAAGUUUCUCACAUGACAGAGUUGACAACAAAUCCCAGACACUGACUAAAUGUCUGACUGAUUUAUCAAUCUGAACAUUAUAACUUAUUAGGAAAUUAAAAUGUUUGCUUACUGUAUAGUAAGCUGCCUUUUAAGGAGACACGUUUUAUUUCAUUGAUAUGUGUAAGUGUGUGUUUCAUUUAAAAAGCAAACUACCUCCACUGUUGUCUCUGUUGCAGCUCUCUUAUACUCUUUUUGUACUUCUCAUAUAGUUUCAGAAUGAUUGCAAUAAUCAUUUUAGUGUGUAUGUUGUCUGUGGAUUUGUAUCCUGGAUAUGCAAUUGUUAAUAAAUAUAGAUUUUUUUAAAACAGCUUUCAAUGUCU